UAAAAAAACGGAUGGUAAAAAUCUUUUUCAUUUUUUUUUAUGUUAUUUCGAAAAAUGCCUAAAAUUUAGGCUUCUAGACCAGAAUACCCCCUUAAAAAAACGAAAUUAAUAGUCUCACAGACAAUAUUUAUAUCAUAAUAAUUUGAUUGAUAUUUAAAGUUAUAGCGGAUAAGGUCAUAACUAUUGUCACCAAGCUGUAAUUAGCCAUUCUACGUGCUAUGCCAAAUUAAUUACUUUAUGAUGCCUUGUGCUGAUAAUCAACACAACUGAACAUUACGUAAAAUUCUUUUGUUGAAAUAGCCUGUCAAAACUCGUUGCUUGCUUACUACCGUUUCAUAACGACUUUACGACUUCGUGAGGACGCUUAACUAUGAAACCGGUUCUCAAACUAAAGUAUUGCGUGAUAAGUGGAAUCAUGUUAACAUUUACAUCAUUCGCUGCAGAAAACGAACCUAUUAUAAAAGUGCUAUCGGGACAGCUACAAGGUGUUAAGGAAAAUAAUUUUUUCGCGUUUCGCGGAAUUCCAUAUGCUGCACCCCCAAUCGGCGAAUUAAGAUUUAGAGAUCCAGAACCGGUUGAACCGUGGUCUGGUGUCAGAGAUGCUACAGAAUUUGGUGAUUCAUGUGUUCAGUUUGUUAGAUCUUCGAAGAAGGUUUUGGGGAGUGAAAACUGCUUAUUUUUGAAUGUCUAUACCAUGGAUUUGACUCCUCAUGAACCGCGGGCAGUCUUGUUUUGGAUCCACGGUGGUGCUUAUGUCGAUGGGUCUGGCAAUGAUGAUAAAUUCGGACCCGACUAUUUGGUGCAGAAAGAUGUCAUCCUUGUGACGAUUAACUACCGUCUUGCUAUUUUUGGGUUCCUGAAUUUGGACGAUGAAUCAAUACCAGGGAACCAAGGUUUAAAGGACACAGUGAUGGCUCUGAAAUGGGUCCAGCAGAACAUUGGCCAAUUUGGAGGAAACCCUAAUAGUGUAACUAUUUUUGGACAGUCUGCUGGAAGCGCUAUGGUUCAUUAUUUGACUCUUUCACCUUUAACCCAAGGACUGUUCAACAAAGCUAUUUUGCAAAGCAGUGUCGCUUCAAACCCAAGAUCAUAUGUAUCCUACCCAAUGAAAGACGCUGCAGAGCAAGUAUCUAAGAAAAUGGGACAGUCAAACGAAGAUUUGAUUGUCUUUCUUCAAAAUGUAGAUCCUUCUGACCUACUAAAAGCUGUCCAUUCAUUAGAGUUCCGAGAGGAAGGAUUCUUGAUCGAAAAUCCGUUUGUUCCUUCAGUAGAUUCAAAAUCAAAGCUUCCCUUUCUCAGCAUUCCGAUCAUUGAAGCUGUUAAAGCUGGAAUCAAAGUACCUCAUCUUAUUGGCUAUACAAGCAAAGAAGCAAUUCGCUUUAAAGCGGAUCUUACAGAUGAAGACUACAAGAAAAUAGCCACUCAUCAAGAGGCACUGCAUCAUCCAAACGACAAGAAGUUUUUGGAAGCCAGAAAUAUUUCUGUGAACGAUGUGAAAAAAUUCUUCUUUGGUGACAAGGAAAUAAGUAGAGCAACCGCUCAACAGUACAUAGAUUUGGUCAGUGCUGAUUACUACUUGAUUAAUAUCCAUCAUGUUUUGGAAAUCCAGUUAUCAGCAUCUGACAUUCCGUCGUAUCUGUACAAAUUUGACUAUUAUUCCAAGGCGUCUGCAGUGGUUCAAAAGAUAAUUGGCACAGACUUGGAAGGUACGGCACAUGGUGAAGAAAAUUACUAUCUCUUCAAUGCAACUAAACUGAAGAAACUAGGAAUUGAUCAACCGAAUAAUUUUCCAGUAGAAAGAGUUAUUCAAAAACGAUUUUUGGAUCUGUGGACUACUUUUGCUCAAACAGGAAAUCCGAAUUUGGCGGUGGAGUUGGGUACUGUUGUUUGGGAGCCUGUUGAUGAUCCAAUAGAGUAUAACUGCUUGGAAAUAUCUAAAGAUCUUAAGCUUAUUGAAGAGAAGAAUCUUUUGUACCAAUUUAAAACUCAAAAAAAUGUUAAGACUUGAUCCUCCUAAGAUCAUAUAAGUCACAUGUAUGUAAAAUAUUAGCACAAUUGAAAAAGUUUGGCAAAUCCAAAAAUGCACGACUCAUAAUGCUCAUUCGUUCGAUAAAUAAAAAAAAAAAUAGUUAAUGUUC